AUGGGCAUCAGGACGCCAUCAGUCACGUCACUCAACCCACUUUUUCCUGCAUCCCCAACUCCAGCCAUGCCGCUGCGCCAGGACGAUCUGGAGGAACUCGCUCCGCCGGGCUACGAAAGCGACACUUCCGACACCGCACUGCCGACCUGUGAGGAUCUACGGCUGGACCGCCCCGUCGCAAGAACACCGCGAUCGGCCCAUGCGAGGAGAAACGGCCGCCCGGUGAAGGCGCUGAAUAGGCCUGCGCGCGCGAUAUGCCGUAUCCUCGCGGCACACGGCUGGAGCAACCCCGCGCUCGGCGCGGUUUUCGGCGUGUCGGGGGAGACCGCGCGCCGCGCGGUGCGCAACGUGCUGUAUUCGCCCCGGGACCGCGUGGAGGAGGACUACGACCGCGUCGAUCCGGAGUUUCGGGUCCUGUACCCGCCUGUGGGGGGGAGCAACAACGGACUCACGGCUGUACUCCAGAUUGGGCCAAAUUUGCGUGCGUACAGACGAACCGACCCAGCCGUCGAGGGGGACGAUGACGCCGAGGAUGACGAGGAAAUUCAAUGUCUCGGCAUCAAGCGGAGGGGCCAAAAACCGCAACCGCUCCAGGCCAUAACCGGAAACCAAGACUCUGACACCCAGCACCAGCGCCCACCGCCCAGCCGCCUCGCCCUAUUCCUCCAGUCCGUUCCCGACGUCAACCUCUCGCAGCAUCUUCCAUUUCUCGAGUCCCAAGGCCUCAACUCCGCGAACCUGCACACCGUGGCACUCUGGCCGGCCGACGCAAUCCAGCACAUGAUCGAAGUACUGCUCCUCGGCACCCCGCCUGCGCGCGAUGGGCGGCGCGUGAACGGGCUGACCGCAACCGAGGCUGUGUGGCUUGAGGUGGAGCUCCGGAGGCUGAGGAGGAGCGUGGGUGGGCUUGCGCAGCCGAUGUCCCCGCCGUCGGGAGCGACGCUGCGCCAGUUUCUGCGCAACGUCCUUGGCCUCGAUCUCUCAUGCCACCACGAUUUGAUUGUUUCACAAGGCCUGGACGGGCACAGCAUCCGCACGUUGUGCUUGGCGGAAGUUGUGCCGUUGUCGAAACUCGGGGACAUGACCCCGCUAGAGGUUUUGGCUGUGGAGAUAGCGAGGAUUUGGUGUGGAAACGACAACGGGGCGAAGAGCUGAUGCGGCCCUCCGAUCGAUGAUGCAUACCAAGUUUGUCUGGCACAACGACUCCGAAUCACAAUUCACUUAUUUUACACCUUUCAAAAUA